AUGGAAGGGGGCGGCCGGGGAAUAUUCCAGAUCAGGGGAAACGGGAAAAAUUUUCCGCGCACUCGAGCGGUCCAUUGUCGCGGACCCCAAAGCCCACCCGCCGCUGGGUCGCCACCACCCCCUCGGGCGGGCGAGUGGGGGCUCGGCCCCCUUCGCGCGCUCACUAAUUGCGCCCCCAAAUUGGGAAGGCGCCGUAAAGGGCGCAGUCUUAAUAGGCGCGAGGCGAGGCGUUGCAUGAUGGAUGAGGGGUGCCAGGGCGCGAUUGCAAUCACACGCGUGAUGCAGGCGAGGCCGAUCGUUCCAAUUCAUUGGGAUCGAGGACGGCGCACUCGCGAGACGAAUUGUCAUUCAGCGCGGCGCGCGCCGUCGCUCGGGAUGCGGUCUCAUUGUUACGAAGAUCCGCCGCUGAUUGCGCGCCGUUCGCGCAAACCGCCACGGGAAUCACUCCGCGUGCACAUGAUGCACAGUUCGAUUAUACACCGCGCUCCGUGCCGCAUUGAUCGCUGCGAAAUAUCUGCU